ACUGGCUCGUGUGUUGCUAAUAGCAACGUACGACGGACAUUAAAAACAAACUACAGCUUCACACUCCAAUCCUGUCAUGAGUUCACCAUUGUCAUUGCUAAAGAAAACGAGGCGAGUCCCGCUUCAGUGUGAGGAAAAUACGAGACGGGGCAAAAAGGAGAAUCUAUCAACAGUCUUAGAUGACCCAAGUGCUCGUGUGGCCAGUCCCAGUGGACACUGUGAUGCUGACUUUGUUAAGUUUAAAGCAUCUGAUAAAGGUUCUGCGCCAAGCGACUUUGACCUGAUGUCUUCCAUGAUGCAGCAACUGACCGUGCUGGAGAGGAAGGUCACAAGCCAAAAAGAGGAAUUGGGACGCAAGGACAAUGUUAUUUUGAAUUUGAGGGAGAAACUGAAAGCUCAACAAGAUUCAGUGCAGGGCCAUCUUGAGAGUUGCAGUCAUCUUGAAAGAAGGUGCCAACAGCUACAGCACCAAGUGGAUGACAUGGAGAACUUUCUGAAUGACUACGGUUUGAUCUGGGUGGGAGACACAAAGCCCAAUAAUGCGGCGCAGCAAACAAACAUCUCAGACACAGACAACCCAAUGGUCCAGAAUUUCCAUAUGGACUUUGACCUCGUGAUACAGACGAUUAAGGAGCUGAACGUUCUCGCAGGGGAAGCGUUCGUACAAACAACACCCAAAGGGGCGCAGUUGGCACGAAACGAUCCGGUGCAACUGAAACUCUACAGCAAUGGCAUUGUCAUGUUCAACGGACCUUUCCGCUCCUAUCAGGAGAACAGUACACAGCAAUGCAUGCAGGAUCUAAUGGAGGGCUAUUUCCCAUCCGAGCUUCAAUCCAGAUUUCCCGAUGGUGUGCCUUUUGAGGUCCACGAUAGACGAGAGGAAGAGUUUGUCCUCAGAGUACCACGCGAUAAAUUUCCUGGUAGAGGACAGGCUAUGCGAGAGAAAAAAGAGGAAUUGACAAAUAGACUCAACUCGCCGAAUAGACUCAACUCGCAGUUUCCCGCUAAGAUGUUAAGCACAAAUCGACGCCAGAACAAUCUGCCAAAAUUAGCAGUGAAGGCGGGUCGAGUGAUUGACGUCAGGGACUCUGGGCAAACAGCCUUGCAGGGCUUGUCUGACACACACGACAGCUCCUCAGCGAUCAUCGUUGAUACGCCAGCACUGCAAGCAAUGAAGGACAGGAAGCACACAGUCACCUCGGAAAGGCCAUCGUCUCCACGCAACAUCAUCACACUUAAGGUCAAGUCAGAGGAUGGCGAUCGCAUUUAUGUGCUGAAGAUGCGACUCUCUGAGACCGUGGGUCACCUCAGGCAGCAUCUGGACACGCACAGGGGACAUAACCUGGCUGGCUAUGAGAUCAUCAGUGCAUACCCUCAGUGUCACUACCAGGAUGACCGCCAAACACUUGGGUCAUGUGGGCUCACGACCAAUGUUACUCUUCUUCUGCGAGGAAGGAAAAACACAAAUAAAUCAUCUAGCUAAAUAA